AAGAGUGCAAGUCGUCUUGACAGAGGAACGGGAGAGGGGCAGAAAGAAAAGGGGGUGGGGAAGAAUCAAACGUACGCAUCAAUUUGUACAGUCCUCAGCUGCACCCCGUUUUCUGCGCCGAUUUCAAGGGGGAGCGGCUGGAGAGCGAGAAAACACUGCGAUGUUUGCCAAGCCGCAACAAUGUAAAUCUUUCCGUGCAUCGCGUACCCUGUAUGUCUGAGCGCGUGUAGGUCAAUGUACAGUACAAACGAUAGAACCGGAGAGAGAGAGAUAGAAAGAAAGGGAGAUACGCAUCGCUGGAUAAUAAAGGAUACAAAGUUUCAGUGCAAUGGUAGGAAGCCUGUAGGCUACCUAUACCAAUUGUGGUCACGUUCCAGCUUUCUGUAAUGGCUGACUGGAAGGAAUGGACCACAUAGAGAGCUAGUUAUGAAGACCCGAACCCACAAAGAAUCGAUGCCAGCGCGUAGUGGACGCAGGAGGGGAGGCAGUGAGGAGAGAAGGGGUAGGCGUCCACACCCCAGUCCCUCUCGAGCAGAACGCAAUGAAAGGCAAACACAAAGAACUGCUGGAGAGGAAUUGGCUGCUGGGCAUUUCAACCGUCGAUCUCAAGGCCAUGAUUCAUCAGAAAGUGAAGGAGAGGAUCUGGUGCCCCCACCCAAGAGACAAAAAGUCCAGGACUCCUCCUCCAAUCCCCCAGCCCCACCCCUUUCAACUAACACUCCAACUUCAGCCCCACCCCCAACUUCAGGCAACACUCAGUCAAGGGAAAGUGACAAUGAGGAUGGCCAAUCACAAGGCAGCAGAAGCUCAGCUGGAGGCAGCUUAGCCAAUAGUAGCAGCAGCAUAAGCAGUGGACGGGACAUUGACCAGGACAAUCGAUCCUCUUCUCCGAGUCUCUCUGCUUCUCCGUUAGCCAGUUUAGAUUCUGAAUCAGACUCUCCAGAUUCCCCAAAGCAGAGUGAUAAAAACAAAGAUGGAGGGGCAUCAAAGUGUGUGCCAGAGGAUCGGAGAGGAUCAGGGAGGGGUGAGGAUGGUAGUGCUGUGGAUCAGAGAGACAGUGAAGGAGCAGUAGAGGGAGAUAUGUCUCCUCUAAAGUCCCCAUCAUCGCUUUAUCCAUCUCAUCGUGGAAUGGUUGACACUGUAAGUGAUACAGGUAGCAACAGAAAGUCAUACUUUGCCCUAGAUUCUAAACUUGCAAGUAAAUUGGAAUACACAGGGCCUGGUAGUACUGAGACGUUGCACACCUGCAGCCGCAUCUCUUCAAAAGGAGGCACUAGUUCUGGGAAACCUGGUGUGGGAGGGGUCGAGUAUUCCCAUGGGAAUUCAAAUGUGAGUCAUGCUCCAACACUCCCCCCUCCACCUGCUCUGAAACCUCUAGAGGUGGGGCAGAAUGCUCCAGGUGGGGAAAGUAAAACAGACAAACCAGAGAAAGGUGAUAAGUCUGCUCCACCCUCUUUGCUUCCACAAGCUACUACUGUUCCCCAGCAACCUCCACCUCCCAGCACUCACCAUUACACCCCCACCAGCUGGUCAGGGGGACCUCCUAGCAACUGGGGAUAUGUACGAUACCCAGGUAACCACCACCACACACAUCCAAAUCAGCAGCCCCCGGUUCAGCAACAGCUACCCUCAGUCUACAAUUCUCCUUCAUCCACAAGGCACACCUCCCACCCACCCUACCUGCCUCACUCUCAUUCCCACCCACAUAAAGACUACCUGCCUAGGUAUGGCACCACACCUGAUCGGGAAAGGGGUGGGAGGGAUUUCGGAAACAGAGACUUUACUGCUAAUAAUACCAGUGCCAAUGCAAACAGCAACAGCGGUAGCAUCUGUGGUAGCACUUCUGGUGGUGGGGGAACAAACUCUAAUGCUAGCCGGGAUUUUGGGAACCCAUUACCUGGACAGAACAGAGAAUGUGGCCCACAAGUAUCAAAUCGAGAUGGGCCCACAGGACCACCAGGUGGUCGGGAAUAUGUACCUGGUUUCAGAGAUCGUGAACGUGGAAGAGAGUUUCCUUCGCAAAACCAGCAGCUUCAAGCUCAGGGCAGAGAGUUUGGACCUGAAAGCACAGGAGUUGGAGGAUCUUUUUCAAGAGACAAAGAUGGCAGGUGGGGAGAGUUAGCAGGUCAGGUUAGAGAGGCAGGAAGUAGCAGUUAUCCUGGCAAUGCCAACCAAACACCUGUUGGUGCCCCAUCUUCUGGUUUAGCUUCAACAACAGUGAAUCGUGACUCAGAUGGAUCACCACAAAACAACUCUGGGCAUCCUCCUUUUUCCACUGCAAAUACAAACCCUCCCAGUAGAGACUAUGCCCCUCCUAUGGAUUCAAAUGUACAGCCGACACUGCAAGGACAGACUAACCAAGCAUCUUCCAAUGCUGCAGACAUCCCUCCUCCUCCACACUAUUUGAGAGAAUACUCCCCUGCUGGGGGAAAGGACUACCCAACACUUGGAGUAACCUCUUCCUCUGUUCCACAUUCUGGUGUUGCCAGGGAUUACCCAAGUCCACCUGGAUUGGCGCCAAACUUACCACGAGAGUAUCCAGGAGGACCUCCACAUCACAGCCACUAUCCUGGCCAGACAGCCUUGCCUAUCCAGCACAGAGACCGAGAGCGAGAGAAAGAAAACACUGCAUCCACUACUCAUUCAAAUCGCAGUCACCCACCAUCUCUUUCUCCUUCAUCAAGUGGCUCUGGACAUGGACUUUCCACUUCUACUUCUUACCAUCCUCCACCACCUCCUCCCCCUACUAGUUCACUAGGUCCACCACCACCCAUCACAUCUAUUCCUGGUAGUCAUGCUCGACAGGCACCAUAUCCGUCACCUAAUCAAACUCCACCAACCCCGCUGUCUCCUCUUCCCAGCCCCUCAACAAAUCAGAUGGGAGGGUUUACUCCUUUCCCAUCCACCUCGGGUCCCGCUGUACAACUUCCUGCAUCAGGUGUCCCCACAUCCUGCCCAUCAAUUUGCAAACCUACUUCUUACCACAGCACUUUAAGCAGUAAUACCCCUUUCAGUAGCUCUUACCAUGGCAACAAUAACCAUGGAAAUGCUUUGGCAACUAACAAUGCUCCCAACAACAGCAAUAGCACUCCCAACAACACUCAAUCACAAUUGCACUCUCCUCAAAAUUCUAAAGUACCACCUCAUCUGAGUAACACAGGCCAUAACAACACUGGUCUGACUCCCAGCAUAUCUGAUUCAUCCUCUGGCAUUGUGCCAGCACCUGUCAUAAAGGAGGAGCCAGCAGAAGAGAGAGAGGAGUUGGAGAGCCCACCUAUAGUUCUGAGAAGCCCAUCCCCAGAACCAAAACCUGUUGACAUUCCAAUCCAUGCCAGCCAAUCAGCUCGGUUCCACAGGGUUCUUGACCGGGGCAGUGGGAACUCUUGUGCACGCAGUGACGUGCUUUUUGUUCCACUUGAUGGUUCUAAGCUGUGGAAGAAGAGGAACGAGGCCAUAGAACGUGCUCGUAGAGAGGUAGAACAGCGUGCAAGAGACCUGCGAGAGAAAGAGAGGGAACGAGAGAGAGAAAAGGAGAGAGAAAGAGAUCUGGACAGACAUCUGCAGCAAAAGGAGAGUGGCACCAAUGCAGGGUUAGGAGCUGCGGGCACACGCCAGGGCUCUUCACUCUUCUUUCCUUCUUCUUCAUCAAUCCUUCUAGACCCUACAUCAUCUUCCUCUUCUUCUGUAAACUCCCCACAUCCCACUGUUCAUCCACAGCACCAGCACCACCACCCUCACUCCCACCCUCACUCCCUUCACCACUCUCAUCCUCUGCAUCCAUCUCUCUCUCAUUCUAUACCUCAUUCCCUUCUCAUCCCUUCCAUGACAGGGGGAUCUGGAGUUGUUGGAUGCCCUCAAGGUGCUCUGGGAAUCGGGCUUGGGGGUCCAUAUUUGGGCCCCGAUACCCCAGCCUUGAGAACCCUGAGUGAAUAUGCCCGUCCCCAUGCCAUGUCUCCAUUGGGUGCUGCCAAUCGAGCGCAGCCACAUCACCCCCACCUCCACCACCACCCUCACCCACAUGCUCAUCCCCAUAUGCACCCUUCAUUUUUUCUGUCCCAAUUCCAAAACCCAGCCCUUGCGCACCCCCACCACCUUCCGGCUGAUGCCGCCACAGCGGCUGCCAUUCUUGGCUUUUUGUAUGGGGGUGGGCUGGAGGGAGGCCAUACCCAUCCAGGGCCUGGUCCUGGUGGGUUGACUGGGGCGGGGCUUGGAGGAGUGGGAUUCCCUCAUGCUGUAGCAGCUCAUAGAGACCGCAUGAAGCCCGGAUUUGAGUUUAAGAGUGAGGAGCGUGUCUACACAGCUGGAGUUUUAGCCGACCCGGCACUGGCUUUGUCACACACGCACUCACACGCACACUCACACUCCCUGCUGCUGGGGGGUGGGACUGGAGGCGGGGCAUCUGGUAGUGAGGUAGCUAUUUACGGUGCAACUCCACCCCCUGCCCCACCCCCUCAAGCUUUAGCCACAGCGACUAGGAAUCCCAACCCUGCCCCUCAGCCACUGUCAGUCCCACCAACCUCUUCUAUUCUCCCAGCUACACUUCCCACCCAUCAGGUUCCUACCGGAGCCUCGGUGACACCAGCAGCCCCUGCUGCUCCCCCUCAACCUCCUCCCCCACCUCCUCCACCUCCAACAGCAUCAUCUCUUCAUCACCCUUCUCCACACUCCACAUUUCCAAAUACGCACCCGUCUUGUCAACCCCCACCCCUCCCAACUCAAGCCCCUCCCUCUGAACGAUAUCCCACCCCUGUCCGCACUCCUCCCAGCACAGAGCGUGCCAGGAGCGUGGAGAGGGAGAGAGUGAUACCAGCCACAGAGAGGGAGCGAGACAGGGAGAGAGAAAGGACAGGGGCAGGUGGAGGAGGAUCAGGAGGCGGCACAGCGGCUGCGGGAGGUGCAGGAGGAGGAGAUUCUCUUGGACGACUUCAGAUGCUGAACGUGACUCCUCAUCAUCACCAGCAUUCACACAUUCACUCUCACCUUCAUCUGCACCAGCAGGACACAGAUCGGAUAUGACCCACGAACGUGUAAGCAGGAAAAACGCAUAGAUUCCGAUAUUCUCCGAUUGGUUUCAGGCCUCAUUCAUAUAUGGAAAUAAAUCUGAUACAAAUCGGAUACAUGCAUUCAUGUCAACAAUUUCAAGACAUAUCAUGCUUCGGGUUGUUGUCGUAUGCAGAACAAUUGACUAUUCAACUUUUGAGCAAAGCAUUGCACAAUGGUCAACUAAAUGCAUGAAACCCUUGUUUUGAGAUCGGAUAUUACCAUGUCAAGACAUGUCAUGCGGCAGUGAAAAUGCGAAGCUGGCAAAUUACAAAUCAACUCCGGUGGAAACCACCCCCAAACACAUGACUCUUCUUAGCAUCGCAAUGGAGGAAGAUGGCUCCGCUUAGUGCUGUAAUGUUGAAGUUUUAUGUCUUGUUACAAAAAUAAAGCUCUUUAAUCUUGUAUAAUAACUUUGUCUGUGUCCAUUGCAUAUCGCGACAUUUAACUUCCUCUGUGUUUUAAGCUGUUCUGGGUUAGUAUGUCCACCUUAAAUUGUUUUGCCAAGUGUUUAGUGUAAAUGCAGAAAUCAGAUAGAAGUCGCUUUUGAAAGAUGAUGUAAGCGUGUCGUCAAAGAAAAUCAUAUACAGGCAUAAAAAUCGGAAUUGGGCAUAAAGAUUUGCAGUGUAAAUCCAGCACAAGUGAUUUGUGUGUGUAUGUAUAUAUGUAUAUAUGUGUGUGUGUAUAUAUAUAUAUAUAUAUAUAUAUAUAUAUAUAUAUAUAUAUAUAUAUAUAUAUAUAUAUAACUAAUUAGUGAGUUCCUCAAAAGACUAGUCAGCUAGAUAUGCUGGUUUAAAAACAAUUAGAAAGAUCCUAACAAAACUUUAUAAAAUGCACUAUAUUUAACUUGACACAGUGUUUAAAAAUGCAACGUUUGCUGUCCAGUUUCUUAUUUUAUUUGGCAUUUACUUAUUUCCAAAUCUAUUUGGUUCUUGACAUUAGGCCACAGUUUGUUGACAGUGUCAUCUUCUGGCUGUUGUCGUAUACAGAACAAUUGACACUUCAAAAGUGUUGCGCAAUGAUCAACUAAAUGUACUGUAGAUGUUUCAACAACUCUUAAGAUGAUAUCAGCAGUUCUUCCAAAUGUGACCCAGCUUAGUCUUUUUUUGUGAUUUACUGUUUUUACAUUAAAUCAUCCUGCAUGUCAAGAACAUUCUGUAAAAAAUUUAUUUUGAUCUCUUUAAUAUUCACUCACAAAGGCCAUGUCAAAGAUGGAAAUCAAUAUUUAGGAAGCUAACAUCCUGAAUAUGAUACUCAUAAUUGAAUUAUAUUGGGUCACACAUAGAUUUGUAACAUUUCUACCCAAUCAGCAUCAUGAACAAUGGCAACGCCGCAAAGGCUAGCAUGUUUGUGAACACAGUGCCAACGGCAAACUGUGCUACUCUUAUUAAAUUUCCCACUUUUGUUUUGUUACG